AGCUCGUCUGCGAACAAAGAGGACGUAAUAAGACGUAAUGACGCUCAACAUGGGAGCCUUAGUUCACAAAAGCUUCAUACAGUGGAUGCCAUUGUUGAGGCCAGAAAAUUUCCUCUUUCAAUCAUAUUGGUUGGUGUUGGAGAUGGACCUUGGGACAUGGUGAAGGAGUUUCAGGACAAUAUCAAAAUGCAAACUAGGACCUUUCAUAAUUUUAAGUUUGUGAAUUUCACGGAAAUUAUGUCAAAGUCAAACAACAUUUCUCCUUCACUAAAAGAGGCGGAAAUUCUUCUUGCAAUCAGGGAAAUUCUUUUUCAGUAUAAGGCCGCAAAAGAGCUUGGUCUACUAGGAGUUGCCCUCCCAACACCCUCAGCAUCUAGGGGCACUUCAAAACCAUAUUAUAGGUCAGCAUCUUUUCCCAGUGCAAGUUCAAGACCUUAUCAAUCUGCUAGUUUUGAGGGGAGAGCACCUUUUUACCCCAACGACAACAAUCUAGCAAGCCCGAGUUCUACUUAUUACAAUAAGGCAAAAAGAGAAUCUGGUCUUCCUUUAUCCUUGAAAAAAUUAGGAAACACACGGGAAAAGAAAUCGUUGACAUGGAAGGCGUUUAUAAGUCACGCAUGUGACAGUGUGCUUGACAUUCCUCCCAAGUAUCACUGGGCCUUACUGCUGAUAUGUGUUAGUUUCCUCAGUUAUCAAGCAAAAAACACAACUGCUCCAUUUGAAUAUUUCCAACUGGAAAAAACAAUUAAGGCACCACCACAAACACUAGUACUUGCCUUUGGGGAAGCAUUUGAAGUAUUCUUUCCAGAAAUAACACACAUCACAAAGUUCAUGUUGUGUUAUUUUCUGACUCUGAUGUUGGUUUGUUCACUACAACUUGGACUGCAGAUUUUCUGUAUACUACUAAUAAUUUCUGCACCCCUUUUUUACUUUCCCGAGCUGGUUCGCAGGGCUUCAAAGGUUGGUGUUGAUUGUGGAUUGUUCGAGUUGCCUCUAAUAUGGUUUGCAACUUUAGGGGCCGUUGGGCUUUCCCUUAUUUGUGGGAUAUUGACAUUACUAUUAGCUUACUUGAGCUGGAGGUUCCUAUCUAAAGGGAAACAAAAUGUUGAAGAUGUUGAUGUUAGUUUAGAGGAAUUGUCGGAGAUUUUACAAGUAUAGAAGUGAGGAUAUGAUGGUGGUUUAAACGUGGUGGCGAUGAUCAUGUAAAAAUUAUCCUAUUUAUAAAAGACAUUGAGUAUAGAUUUUUUGGAUGGUUUGUAUUGUUUUUGGUGGCCAGUCACCUAU